CGGGUCAGUGACACCAGCAACCUCACUCCCAUCCCUCAUCCCUCAUAACAUGAACAUCACCACGUCAGGAUCACCCCAGGCUCCAAUUUCCACCAUCCAGAACAAAGGAACUCCAUGCCCAGACCUAACCCAAACACAAAUCCUGGGGCCAUUUCCAAUGGAACGCUCCGAUCUUCAACGCUUAAGCUUGCUUGCGUGCAGUCACCCGGCGUCUCGCUGAACCUUGACCACCAGCCAUCCCCCUCUCUUCCGCUCUCACAUUCGUCGCCCCUCCAGCAACCGCCGAAAUUACCUUUGCCCCUUUCUAUAAAUAUCCCCGGAGACGAUUUGAUUGACUCACCCAUGUCUUACAAAGAGACGCACAUUCCAAUUGACCGGGUAACCGCCGUGAAUUAAAGUCCCGACGGAUUGCCGCCACAGCUGAACGAGGGAAAUAAG